CCGGCACAGCCCGUACAGCUCGGCACAGCCCGGCACAGCUCGGCACAGCCCGGCACAGCUCGGCACAGCCCGUACAGCUCGGCACAGCCCGGCACAGCCCGGCACAGCUCGGCACAGCCCGUACAGCUCGGCACAGCCCGGCACAGCUCGGCACAGCUCGGUUAACAGCCGGGAUGGCGGUGCCGGAGCCGGACGCGCGGCUGGCGCAGGAGAAGGAGGAGGAGAGCGAGGAGGAGAGCGAGGUGCUGGAGGAGAGUCCCUGCGGCCGCUGGCAGAAGCGCCGCGAGCAGGUGAACCAGGGGAACAUGCCUGGCAUCCAGAGCACCUUCCUGGCCAUGGACACAGAGGAGGGAGUGGAGGUGGUGUGGAACGAGCUGCUCUUCACUGACAAGAAGGCCUUCAAAGCCCACGAGGAGAAGAUCAAGACCAUGUUUGAGCAGCUGGUGCUGGUGGAUCACCCCAACAUCGUGAAGCUCCACAAGUACUGGCUGGAUGUGAAGGACUCCAAGGCACGGGUCAUCUUCAUCACGGAGUACGUGUCCUCAGGGAGCCUCAAGCAGUUCCUGAAGAAAACCAAGAAGAACCACAAGGCCAUGAAUGCCCGGGCCUGGAAGCGCUGGUGCACCCAAAUCCUCUCAGCUCUCAGCUUCCUGCACUCCUGUGAGCCCCCCAUCAUCCACGGCAACCUGACCAGCGACACCAUCUUCAUCCAGCACAAUGGGCUUAUCAAGAUCGGCUCCGUUUGGCACCGGGUGUUCGCCAACGCGCUCCCGGACGAUCUCCGCAGUCCCAUCAGGAUCGAGCGGGAGGAGCUGCGGAACCUGCACUUCUUCCCUCCGGAGUAUGGCCAGAGGGCAGACGGGACAGCUGUGGACAUCUUCUCCUUCGGGAUGUGCGCACUGGAGAUGGCCGUGCUGGAGAUCCAAACCAACGGGGACACGCGGGUGUCAGAGGAGGCGAUUGCACGGGCCCGGCACUCCCUGGAUGAUCCCAACAUGAGGGAGUUCAUCCUGUCCUGCCUGACCCUGAACCCCGACAAGCGCCCGACCGCCAACAACCUCCUUUUCCACCGGGUGCUCUUCGAGGUGCAUUCCCUGAAGCUGCUGGCAGCCCAUUGCUUCAUCAACCACCAGUAUCUGAUGCCAGAGAACGUGGUGGAAGAGAAGAUCAAGGAGCUGGACUUGAACAUGGUGAUGGCCGAGAUCCGCAGGGAGGGUCGGCCCGGGGCACAGUGGAGGUACUCCGAGGUUUCCUUCCUUGAGCUCGACAAGUUCUUGGAGGACGUCAGGAAUGGGAUUUACCCCCUGAUGAACUUCGCUGUCUCCAGACCCCACGCCCUCCCACGAGCCCUGUCCCAGCCCCAGGAGGAUCCCCAGAAAACCAAAACUCCCACACCAGAGCCCUUCGAUGUGGAGACCAGGAAGGUGGUGCAGAUGCAGUGCAACAUGGAGCUGAAUGAGGACAAGAGCCAGUGGCACCUCACACUCUUGCUCAUCCUGGAGGACAAACUGCACAGACAGCUCAGCUAUGACCUGCUGCCCACUGAUAACUCCAAGGAUCUGGCCACAGAGCUGGUGCAUUAUGGAUUCAUCCACGAGGACGACUGUGAAAAGCUGGCCACAUUCCUGGAGAGCGCCUUCCACAAGCACCGCUCCCAAGCCCUGUGAGCCGGGCACCCCCCUUUCCCAGGGGAUCAACGUGCCAGACUGGAGGAUCCCAAAGGGCUCCUGAGCCACCAAAGUGCAGCAGGACUCACCUGGCCGGGCCUUGGGCCCACGGUGAUUUGCCCAGUCCGUGCUCUGGGAAGACAACAGCUGGCAGAGGACUCUGCAAACACCAGGAAUUCAUCCCAGAACACUGGGACUCGUGUUCUGGUCCCUGCUCCCAAGGGGAGGUGUGGGGGAGUGGGCAGCACCCCCCAGCAGCCUCUUCCCACUGGGGUUUGUGGAGCUGCUGCAGGAACCCCCAUGGGAUCCAUUUCCCUCUGGGAAUGAUUGGCCUUUCAAAGCUAUUUUUUCCUCUUUGCCAUCUGGAAUGGUCCUUGCUGAGGGGAGGGGAGGAGCAGGCUUGGAAAGCCCCGGUGUAGCUUCCCAUCUGCCACAUUCCACUGCCAAUCCUGAAUUUCUCCAGGUUUAAAAUCUCCCCUGUGCUGCCUGUGCUCAGAAUCCUCACGACAAGCUGGGGCUGUGUGAGCUGGACAUGAAAUGGCUUAAGAAGAAAUUCCAGAAAUCCUGACCCACCACCUGGAUCCACACAUGUGGAUCAGCCGGAAUCUCCAUGCUCCACAGAGUCCGUGUCAUUCCCCAGCUCCUCCUACAGCCUUCCAAAAUCUCUCGGCAUCUUCAGGAGAACGCCCUGGUGCCUCUUCCUCCCAUUCCUCCCUCGGUGAUUGCAAUGCCAGUCCCUGACUGGAGAUGGGAGAAUUGGCACCGUCACCACCCCAGGGCUGCCCUCUGCCAGGGACAUGCUGACCUGGACAAAAGUGCAAACAGGAAUUUGCAGGAGCCAUGUCAGGCUGCUCCUGAUGUGCCAGGGAAAACUGGGUCUGAUAUCCUGCUCUGUGCUGUGCCAGGGAAAACUGUCCCUGGCAUCCUGCUCUGUGCUGUGCCAUUGCUGCUCCUGCUGUGCCAUAGGAAACUCGCUUUGGCACCCUGGUCUGUGCUGCCCUGUGCCAGGGUUUGUGCCAUUUCUCCUCCUGCUGCUCCUGCCAUGCCAGAGGAAUCUGCCUUUGGCAUCCUGCUCUGUGCUGAUGCUGCUCCUGCUCUGCCAGGGAAAACUGACCCUGGCAUCCUGCUCUGUGCUGAUGCUCUGUGCUGGUGCUGCUCCUGCUCAGACUGUGCUGGGGGAAUCCAGCAGGUUCUGGUGCUGUCCUGGUGAUCUGCACCAUGCUGGUGUUUCAUGCCACUGCUCUGUACCAGUGAUGCUCCUGCUGUGCAGGGAAAACUGCCCUGGCAUCCUUCUCUGUGCUGUGGCAGGGAAAACUGGCUCUGGCAUCUUGCUGGUGUUCUGUGCUGGUGCUGCUCCUGCUGUGCCAGGGAAAUCUGCCUCUGGCAUCCUGGUCUGCACUGCUCUGUGCCAGUGUUCUGUGCCAGUGCUGCUCCUGCUGCUCUGUGCUGUGCCAGGGAAAACUGGCUUGGAAAUCCUGCUCUGUGCUGUGCCAGUGCUGCUCCUGCUGUGCUGGGGAAAUCCUGCUCUGGUGCUGUCCCAGUGAUCUGCACCAUGAUGCUGCUCUGUGCUGUGCUGGUGCUGCUCCUGCUGCUCCCACUGGCCAUGGGAAGGUGCCUCUGGCCUCCUGCUUGGUGCUGAUGUGGCACUGCUUGCCAGAGCUCUGUGUGCCACCGCCUGCCCUGCACUGCUCGUGCUUUGUGGUGCUACUCCAGCUGCAUCCCACUGGGAUUUUAUCCAUGCUCGGCCAGCUUGGGUUGUAUUCCCAGCUCGGGCUGCAUUCCUGACUGGCUUGGGCUGCAUCCCUGGCCUGUGCUGCAUCCCCAGCUCAGGCUGCAUUCCCAACCUGUGCUGCAUUCCAAAUCUGUGCUGCAUCCCCAGCCCAUGCCAAUGUUCCAACCUGACAAAUCAAUAAAGCAGCCAGUCCAGUCCCA